UCCAGUGUUUUACUGAAGAGUGUGCAUGACUGUAAUGCUGCUUCAUGUGAAGCGCUUCCUUUUGUGACCGAUUUGUUGGUGCCGUGCUCAUGACAAAUACUUUUGCGUCUUCAUGUCUAUCUGAGGACAUCGAAGAGAUUCUCUUCGUGAAGUGGUGGAGCGCAGGCAGGAGAAACGGUUAAGAAGACAAAUAGGAUCAGUAGGAUCUUAACCUCUUGGUUGAAUAUAUCGAACUCUAUUCUAGUGGCUCCUUCUGCCCAUUGGAACCUUUAGAUAAUCGGCUGCAGAUCGGAGUUGGAAGUUGUCAAAAGAAAAUAUCAACGUUUCUAGCUGAAUAGAAGUACGGAAGUCUUUUACGAGUUGUGGCGUAUUAGUUUUAGAAAUUUUAAGCAUCUUGAACGUUCGAUGCAACUUACCAUUAUACCUGACUUUUUUGACUUUGUAGGAACGGCUAUAAUGUUAGUAGUUUAUCGUCCAGUAUUCUUCGACCCUCACCGAAUUGCUUAUGCAUAGUGCUAUGGCCAGGUUUAACUGUAGUUGUCUUGCCUCUAGCAACCUUUUGUUGUGGUAUGCUAUAUUGUUGACAGAGUUUCGUAAGUUCAGGUAGGGCAUCCUCUCUCUUAAUUGUCACUGAGAUCAUGAUUUGUCUACAACAGAUCGUAGCAAAGAUAAUAUUUUGGAAGGCGAUUACGUGACUACUUGUUGGGCUUGCAUAGUCACGUGUCUCUGCAAGCUUGAUUAAGUUCAGGAGUUGAGUCGUCAGGCACAUGUCCCAACAUGGUAGAGCCUGGAUCAGAGAAGCCACGGCUUCAACUGUUGAAGGCCGUGAGGGGGGUGAUUUUGAUAUUGAUAUUGAUGAAUCUGAGUUUAUUCGCCUUAGGGGUUUGUGUCGCAACCGCGCAGAUGCAGUCAAAAUAUCCUACAGAAGUGGGAUAUGCAAUUUUUCUGGCAGCUACAGCGUUGGUCCGGGUGAUUUGGCUAAUUGUCAAUGGAUUUAUCCAAGCCAUGACCGCAUCGGUUAUGAGUACGAAGAAGCCACCUACGGACUGCUUGGAAGCUAAAAUUGACCCCGAGGCAAUUGAAAUCGAUCAGCGGAAGCAGCGCUGGUAUAUGCUGUGGUUCUGGUGGAACCGCCUUGGCACAUUAGUGUUGAUUUCACAAGUAUUGGUUGCAUGGCUCAUGAUUAGAAGCCGUGAUCACAAACAGCACAUUUCCAUGGCAGGCAACAGUGAUCAGCGGCUUCAAAAUCUUCUUUCGGUUUUACCAUUAGCCAAUGUGGUAGUAAUCAUCUUUAGUUGGUUCACGGGGUCUGACGUAAUAUCGUGGUGUUCACUCUACAAGACCAAUGACGCUUGGAGGGCUCAUUACAAUGAAGCUUUUCGUUGUCGUAUUCGUGAAGCUCUUUUCUGCUUGGGGCGACGCCGCUAUCUUGAACAAGAACAGAAUGAGGAAGUAAGUGCGGUUGCUAAAUUGUUGGGUGGAAUGGUUACUUAUAGGGCUAAAGGCUGCAGCCAUUUGGAAGUUUUAGGGGGGGUGUCAAUGCUGCGUGACGUUAAACAACAAUCGCUUCAAAGUGAAAUGCAAGUGCUUGCACUGGAGGAUCAAAUUCGUGAAGCUAGUGUUCUUCAUCCUUAUGCUGUGGCGGCAUAUACUGGACCGUUGCUUGAAGUCGGACGCUAUCCGUCUUGCUGGCUGUUAAUGUGGCUUUAUAGCCAAGGUGUGUGUUCCUUCUGGAAAUGCGGCAGGCGUCCAGGUGUUUUGGAAGGAGAUAACUGGUGGAGGGGUCAUACUGCUGCAUUUCUUCGGCAUUCACGAUUACCUCCUGAACCGGAUGCCCGUCUUAUUAAAGGUCGUGUGCUGCAGACGAAAAGGGAGUCGGCAUACUUUGUGGUGGUUUUGAAAAAACUUCGGGUAGUACUGGUGGCAGUUCGUGGAACAGAGACUCCUGAAGAUUUGCUUACAGAUGGGCUGAGCAAAGUAUCUAAACUUGCUGACUCGGACUUGCUGGGUUUGUUGGAAGGACCACAUGUUCCAGAGGAGUUAAAGCAGAAGGUGAAUAAGGGAUCUCAUUAUGCACAUAGCGGAAUAAUUGAAGCAGCUCGCGAGCUCUCAAUGCAGCUCGAUAAUUUGGCUGAGGUUGACGAUGACGUCAUGGCUGCUUCUGAUUUUGCUUCUAUCGGGGGUCCCACAGCUAGCGAGGUGCCGAAAGGAGAUGCUCGGCAAGGAUUGCUUUCAAGAUUGUUGGGUCCUGGAGGAGAUUGUGAAGGAUAUGACCUGCGAAUUGUGGGACACUCGUUAGGAGGUGCAAUUGGUGCUCUAACAGGUUUGAGGUUGUACAAACGGUAUCCGAAUUUGCGUGUCUAUGCGUUUGGAGUCCUACCAUGUGUAGACAAAGACACAGCUGAGGCAUGUCAAGACUUCAUCACCAGUGUGGUCUACCAUGACGAGUUUGCAUCCCGUCUCUCUGUGGCAUCGAUAACGCGAUUGCGCACUAAUGCUCUGGGCGCCUUAUCAGAGGCUGCUAAUUCAGAAACAGAAAAGAGUGCUGAAGGCCAACGGUUGUUUUUUUCUAAUGUAAACAUGUCAAGCGAAUCAUGUAGCUAUCUAUUUCACAGUUGCUCAUCAGGAAGCAGCAAUAACGUUGACGGAGCUCCUAGAACUGGUCUGCCUUUAUCCCAAAAAGAGAGCGACUAUACAAAGCUAACUUGCACACAGAGGCUGCCAUACGUUGUCAAAGGUGGAGUAUUCUUGUGUGCUCACUCUUGCUUAUGUGCGCUCAAAAUGUCUCAACACCACGAGGCAAUUCCCCUCAGCGAAGAAGUUGAUCGUUAUGAGAAGAGCUUGUCAACUCAACGAAACAGUCGACAUAAUUCCUUAUCAUCCGAAGACGAGAAUCACGGAGAAGGGUUGCUGACAAGGUUGGUUCCUCCUAAUCCAAUUGGAAUCGACAAAGGACUAAGUGUGGCAAUAGACAUGCAGUUGCAUGAAAGCUGGACCCAUGAGGACGAUGCCAAUUCUGAAAGUAAUAAUCAUGAUAUCGUGAGGCAAAGAGGAUCCAUCUUGCCAACUGAAAUGGGUUCUGAGUUUCCCAAUAUUGCAGCUGACGAUACAUUAGAAGAAGAUUAUUGUCCUGAAAUGCUUCUGCCUGGAAAGGUGAUACAUAUUGUGCGCGACGAGGAGCCGUCUGUAUCCUGGAGGUCUUCAAUCUGGAACCCAUGGCCAACGGAAGAUAUGUCAAGCUACCGUGCUCUGGCGGCUGAUCGACGAGAGUUCCAGGACCUUACUAUUUCUCCUUCAAUGUUUACAGAUCACAUGCCAUGGAAGUCUCAGCACGCAUUAAAUUGGAUCGUCACUAACAUACUCAAUCGUUCAAAGCCCGCUCCUCCAACAAUUCCACAACAUAAAUCAUCAUUUGAUAUUUGUGUUACUAUUCUUCCUUGAGUUUCCCUGGCUGAUGGAGAUUGCAUGACGGAGCAUUUAUGCCUGUGCAGAUUCUUUGGUAACCCAUGUUCGCUCUAGCAGUAACGUGGAUCGUUUAUUAGCGCGAAGUUAUUUUGCAAGAAUCUCCGUCUUUUAUUGGGAAAACGAGAACCCGCAACGUGUACACGAUUGAAUUGAUAACUUGCCGCACCUUAAAUUACACAACAACAAUUGAGAUGUUACAAUCUAUCGCUCUCACUGCCGAUCCAUGGAGAGUGGGGAUUUGUUAAACAUUCUCCGGUCAGAAUAUUUAUCUUUCUUCAACUGUAUUUCGAAGUACAGGUGAAACUCCACCAUGCCACAAGCAUCGUUUAAGUGGAAGUUAUUGAGCAGUUGAUUGGCGUAACCCCAAAUUUUAUUGGUGCUUGAUGGGCUAAUGCACCUUCAAUGUAACGUUGGUAGCCUAAAAUAAUUGUUUCUCCCUGAUUCGAUAUAUGGUAUUAUUGUGCAGGAAGAUUUGCUACUUCUGCUCUAGGGAAGUUAUUAUCAAUUUUUUAUUCCCUUCAUGGACCAGUACUUACAAGUGUGCAGGCGACCUGUCUUGUUUAUGUGUCUGAAAAGGUGCCAGUGAAGUCACUUUUUUGUUCAAGAAAUGGAAUAGUCUAACAAUAUCUGGGACCAGGGUUGUCCCAUUGUCAUACUAUACGAGAAAUGUGCACAUAAUAAGCUCAGAAUACUGUUGCAUGUUUUACAUCUUGCAUUCACCCAAUGUUCUAAAACUAACGCCUGUCAUGGAACCAAAUCCAGUCUUGAUACCUUUUUCCACAUAUAUGGUGUGGAUCCACUAUGCAUCCUGUGAACUAUUCGAAAACAACUCGCAUCAUACCAAACUCGUACUAUGAUGUAUUCUCCAAAUCUCGAGCUGAAUUGAACUCCCCAAAGAUCUGAGGUAAGCCUCUGUGACCUUGAGUUGUAUCUCAUGGUUCCGUACGUUCCUUCUCCUUGUCUGCACUGUGUCUACUACACUCAACAAGCAUUAUAAUAUGAAGCUCCUGUAAAUUGGUGUAGAGAGAAUUGUCCUCGAGUGGUCCAGUGUCAGUCACAGUUUUCGUAGUGCACAUCAGCUUCAAGAAGUCCUCUUAGUGCAGUCUUCCUCUCAACAACAAUACUGAUGCUCUGCUAAUGUUCUCUGGUGGGUUUGCUUUUAUGCUAACACCUUUAUCUGCACAUAGAUGUUUGUAUCUUAGCCCUCUGUUUACUUCUCAAUAUUUAUCUGUUAUAACCUUGUUGAUUAUCUGAACAAGAGUAUGUAUUAACCAAUACGUACUAUUCGCUAUUCUUUUGGACUUCCCCAGGAGCUGAAAAGUUGUAUUUUCAAUUCCCUGGAGUGAAAGAGAAAGGUUUAUCCAUGGCGGCUUGAGAUUGUCAUCUCUUAGAUGGCAUUUACUCCUUAAGGACACACAGAUACAGAGACUUAUAUAUAUACAUGUGUACGUGUAAAUUCGAAAAAAGAGAAGUUACUUUCACUGACGAAUCGCCUAGAAGGUUAGGGCUUGUGUGGGAGUGGAGGAAGUCCUUUGAGAAGAUUUGAGAACGGUAAUGAAAAUCCAAGAUUGCUAAGUAAUUAUGUCUCCUCACAGAAGAAGUGUGGUCUCACACAGUUAAUGCAGGUUGGCCUAGGACCAAGCGAAAGCCUUGCCUAAUUUUGAAUGACCAAACCUUGCCAUGUAGAUGAUGUGCCUGCAGGUACCCUCUCUAUAGCCGUCAGACUCAACAUCUUUUAAUUGAUUAUUGAAGCAUUUCGAUUUAAAAAA